GAUCUGUUACAGUGAGGAGCAGUCAGUGAUCCAGAAGCUUGUGCACCAUGAGUGACUCUGCACUGAGCCACACCAGGCUCCUGGGCAGCCUCUUUGGGCUCCUGCAAGUGGCCUUGCUGCUCAGCCUGCUUCUGCUGCUAUUCAAAGCAAUUAAAUUCUAUCUGCAAAGGCAGUGGCUGCUCAAAGCCUUCCAGCAGUUCCCAAGUCCACCCUCCCACUGGUUCUUUGGGCACAAGAAUGAGUUCCAAAAGGACCAGGAGUUGCAGCAACUGAUGAAAAGGGUAGAGAAAUUCCCUAGCGCCUGUCCUCGCUGGCUAUGGGGAAGCGAUGCCUUUCUUUUGAUCUAUGAUCCUGACUACAUGAAGGUGAUUUUGGGGAGAUCAGACCCAAAAUCUCUUUCCAGCUACAGAGUCCUAGCUCCCUGGCUUGGCAAUGGUUUGCUCCUGCUGAAUGGGCAGACAUGGUUUGAGCACCGGAGGAUGUUGACCCCAGCUUUCCACUAUGACAUCCUGAAGCCCUACGUGGUAAUCAUGGUGAAUUCUGUCCAGGUGAUGCUGGACAAAUGGGAGAAGCUCAGCAGCCAAGAGUACCCUCUGGAGAUCUUCCAACACAUCUCAUUGAUGACCCUGGACACCCUCAUGAAGUGCGCCUUUAGCUACCAGGGUAGCGUCCAGUUGGAUGGGAAUUCCCAGUCCUACAUUCAGGCCAUUGAAGAUCUGAAAAACCUGUCAUUUUCCCGUCUGAGAAGUAUCUUUCAUCGCAAUGACAUCAUAUACAGUCUGAGCUCUGAUGGCCGCUGGGCCAGUCGUGCUGGCCAGAUUGCCCAUGAGCAUACAGAUCGAGUGAUCAAGAUGAGGAAGGCUCAGUUACAGGAUGAUGGGGAGCUGGAGAAGAUCAAGAAGAAGAGGCACUUGGAUUUCUUGGAUAUCCUCCUGUUUGCCAAACUGGAGAAUGGGAGCAGCUUGUCUGAUGAAGACCUGUGUGCUGAGGUGGACACUUUUAUGUUUGAGGGACAUGACACCACAGCCAGUGGCUUCUCCUGGAUCUUGUAUGCUCUGGCUACAAACCCGCAGCAUCAGCAGAGGUGCAGGGAAGAGGUAGAGAGCCUCCUGGGAGAUGGAGCCUCCAUCACUUGGGACCACUUGGACCAGAUGCCCUAUACUACUAUGUGCAUUAAGGAAGCCCUGAGACUCUAUCCACCAGUACCAGCUGUGGGCAGAACGCUGAGCAAACCUGUCACCUUCCCUGAUGGACGUUCCCUACCCAAAGGUGUCAUGCUCUUUCUCAGCUUUUAUGCCCUUCACCAUAACCCGAAGGUGUGGCCAAACCCAGAGGUAUUUGAUCCUUUGUGGUUUGCACCUGGUUCUACAAGACACAGCCACUCUUUCCUGCCCUUCUCCGGAGGAUCAAGGAACUACAUUGGGAAACAAUUUGCCAUGAAUGAGAUGAAGGUGGCCGUGGCUCUGACCCUGCUCCGCUUUGAGCUGCUGCCAGAUCCCACCAGGGUCCCCAUCCUCAUCCUUUGACUUGUGUUGAAGCCCAAGAAUGGGAUCCACCUUCAUCUUAGGAAACUCAGCUAAUUCUACAGGGGACAAGAAUUUCUGUCAACUUUCUGCCUGCAUUGCCUUCCUGUCACCAGCUCUUAUCCAUAGCCUAUCUAUCUAUGUCCUACUUUCUCUUCCCACUUGCCCUCCUUCCAGCCUGCUUGACAGUCUUGCUUCUAGUUUGUCUUCUUGGCUUUCCUUUUCUCUCCUACCUUUGUCCAUGAUCCCUACCUGCGAGGCAAGCUAUCUUUCCUCUUCCUACCUGCCUAAGACUAUUCAUAUAGUCCCCGAUCACCUCACUCACUGACCUCAGACCUAUCUGCACCUGAACAUAUUGUUUCCCUUUCUGCUGCUUAUCUGAGGUGAGCUUUUCUGCGUAAGUAUCUGAAGUAUUAACUGCUUCAUAAUAAAUUACAACCAUGUUUGUGACAGAAAUUUAGUCUUUUGUGGUUGCAGGGCCACAAUCAUUAGGGCUAUUGAUAUGCUUUUUCUUUUUUUCCAUUUCCAUUAUCUAAAGCUGCAUUUCUGGAGUUUGGGAUGCUUUAAUAGUCAAAUGUGGCAGCUCCUUCAAAUCUCCUCAUUUCUGCUUUACAAUAUUUAUAAUGAUGUUUUUGAUUACAUUGUGCCUACUGUGAUAACACAGAUCAUAGUGAAAUAUGGA